AUGGAGGAGCUGCCCGACGAGCUGCUGUUUGCGGGGUCGCCGGUGCAGCGGCCGGGUAAGCCCAAGUGGCGCAGCGCCCGGCGCGAACCGCACUGCAGCGAGGAGGCAGUGGCGGCCGUGGCGCGCGUCGGGGCCACCUGCCGCCGCCUGUACUGCAUCACCGAGAGCGUGUGGCGUGACCUCCACCGCUGGCGCUUCACCUGCUCCCCCUUUCGCGAGCUCCAGGACCAGCCCCCUAUCUUUCCCGACCCUUCGCUGCAGGGUCGUUGGAGAGAGCACUACAUUCGCGAUAUCCGGUGGACCCGCAUCGAUGAAAUCGAGCCCUAUCGCGCCCAGCUUCCGGUGAGUAUGAAGCGGAAGCCCUUCGGGUGCAACCUGAUGGUGGACAGCAGCGGCGGGGUCAAGUCGCGGACGCGCAUCAUCUACGCGUCGGGCGACCGGGGCAAGGUCCACUCGCUGGUGCUGCGACGCGGCGAGCGCAGGCUCGAACAGGCCACGACCUACGAUCUGGGCGCGGCGCACUCGCGCCACGGCAACCUCUACCGCAUGCCGGCGCUCAAGCAGACGCGCGACUGGCUGGUGGUGGCGGGCAACAGCGGCGUGUGCGCCUUCCGGAAGGGCGACCCGUCGGCGAAGCUCACCGUCCGCGAGGCGGAGGGCGAGAUCGAAUUCGCCGUCAACCAGCCCAAGGCGUGGCUCGCCGUCAGCUGCGGCGCCCUGCCCGACAAGGUCUCCGUGUACGACAUGGCGAGAGCGCAGCUCGUAUCGACCAUUGCCAUUCCACCUGAGCACUGUGCUUCGGGGAUGGUGAGUCACCACGACUGCCUCGUCAUCGGCGGCGCCACGAGCCUGCUGGUGGUCGACCUCCGCACGGGCGACGUCGUCAAGGAACUUAUACCGACCGCGCUCUUCAACUCCGAGCGGGUCCAGCGCUGGCACAUGGACCAGGACGACGUCUCCGACACCUUCCUCUGCUCCGCCAUGCCCGAUCUGGAGGAGUGCCGAAGCCUGCAGCUCAACUGGGCCAGCAGCGACGUCUCCUACAACCACCACGCCGUGUGGUGCCCCACCGUCUUCGGCAUGCACAUCGCGUCGCCGCAGCCGCCCCACAGGGAGCUCUCCCUGCGGUCGGGCGAGGCCAGCUUCGCCUACGCCGACGGGCGCAAGGCCAUCAUGACGGGCAACAUCUACUCGAUGGGCCAGAAGUGUGUGGUGGUGCACGACUUUGCCACCUGCGAGCGCAAGGUGUUCCAUCCGCCCGGGGACUGCGAUCCGCUGCGCCACCUCUACACUGCCGUGGCCGACGACCUCCUCGUCACCGCCUUCGACCACAACCUCGCCCUCUGGGACCUGGCCCUGGCCUUCCCCUGA